GCCUAAAGACAAAGAAAAUGGUUUUUCUUCCUCUGUUUUUGUGACCUUGCUACAAACAUCAAUCAUACAACAGGUCUACUCAAAUCCUGCCAUAGGAUUUUCAGUACAACUUUCAAGAGAUGCUUUCUUGGGAGAUGGGCAAGCGAUCAAGUACGACAAAAUAAUUACUAAUUACGGAAACAGUUACAACAAAUGGACUGGACACUUUGUUGCUCCAAAGAAAGGAUUAUACUUGUUUUCUUGUUCCAUAAUGGCAGACCACACUGGACACAUUCACGUUCAAAUAGUAAAGAAUGGUACUAAAAUAUCCACGAUUUAUUCCAACCUUUCUUCCUAUGACCAAAGCUCACAGACAGUUGUGUUGGCCUUACGGAGAGGGGAUAGCGUCUGGACAAGACAGUCAUUAUUUGGUAGACGUCUGCAUGACCACUUGGGCUACAAUAUGUUUACUGGCAUCCUGAUAUCAAGGAAUAUUUUAAAAAGAUCCUUGCAAGCAGUGAUCUAUUACUGUAUCAAAAAGCUUGUUUUUAAGGUUGAGGGCACACGGUAA